GAUGUUAGAUGUCAGUAAAGUGUAUGCCAGUGGAUCUAACACGUGGGACACUGCAGUUCACAACGCAUCAGAAGAGUACAAACAGAGAAUGGUAACACGUCACAACCUUUGCUGUCCCUCGCAUGUGGCCAUGGCCCUGAACCUGAUGUGCUAUGACAACAGCUCCUCGUGGAACAUGGUGAACCUGUGCCUGCUGUCACUCAUUCAUGGCAAACACGUCAGUUGCGUAGGCUUCCUGUAGAUCUGGCUGCCUUUCUGUAUCUUGACCAGUGUCCUCCUGGCUGUGACUCUAAACCUGCGAUGACCCAGCGGGGUCACAUAGAGGUGAACAGUGCCCAUAGGAGACCCAUCGCUCCAGCUCCAGCGGGACUCCAGUGAAGGUCAACUUGACGUCCAGCUCUUCAAAGUGUAGAGGACCUCAACAUCAAAAAUCAAACGCUAGACCUCUUCGUCGUAGGGUAGAGACAGCAAAUACACCAUGGCUUCAAUGUCUCGUGGUGAUGUACAAAAC